GGCCGACAAGCUGGGGGAUAACACAGAAGUUUCCAUAGAGAUUGAAAGCAACACGGCUAAAUCUUAGCUAAAUGAUACUAGCCAUCGUUUGUUAUUUGGACAGCGCAGGCAGUUAAAUAAUAUCAAGGCCUUGAAAACAGCAAUGAUGUGGUAAUAGUUUUAAACCAGGAAUUAGCGGAUAAGGGGGCGAAGACUUCAGAGGAUGUGUUGUCUUGGGAAGCUGCGAAACAGAUGAGAAGCCAGGUUUGGGGCAAUGGGUCAGGCAUGCCCAGGCGAGAAUGAAAUGGUUGUGAAACUGAUGGUGAUUAGGAAAGUGGGUGGAGAAAGGGUGUGUUGAUAUUAAUCAGGAGUUUCAAGUUUAUGCUUAUGUUUACGCCGCUUGAGGAUUCCGGCUUCCAGUAACAGAACAAGGGAGAAAUGCAGCCGAGCACAAAGAAAACAGCACUGAACUGCAAAGCACAUUGUCUAUAAAAACAGCAAAUAUUCCUUUUUAGAAGCGGUAUAUGAUUUUAUAAAACCAAGUGAAUAUUUUAUUUAAAGUACUGACUGUUAAUGUUUUAUAUAGUUUGUAUAGCAUUGAAAGUCCAGAAUCGGUCACAACAAAGUGGCAAUCGUUAACGUCACAUUAGAAGAGUAUUUGGAAUUGUUUGGAUGGAAGUGGACAGUGUUUUUUUCUUUUUAAAAAGUCUAUUUUAUUUUCAUUUUUUAUUUUAUUUUCAAAUACCUAUGUCUCUAGAGACUACACCUAAAAGGGAAAAAGAACCGACACAGUGUAACCUAUUCUCACCUGACCAGCUGAAUGUUUUAUAUUAAACGCAAUGGAGAGGUCGAGCAAAGCGAGGAGGACCCAGGACUGUGCAGUAUGGGAGUUUGGUUCGGGCAGCACCGCAGACAGUUGCAAACAAGACCUUGUUUGUUUGUAAAGCAGUUUUAUUAAUUGGAUUUUAAAAAGAUAAUAUUAAAAUGGCCGACCAAAGCAACAUCCAGUCGGCGGCUUCCAAAAGCAUCCGACCCUUCAAAUCUAGUGAGGAGUACUUGUACGCGAUGAAGGAGGAUUUGGCGGAGUGGCUCAACACGCUGUAUGACUUGGACGCCCAUGCUGAUGGCUUCAUGGAGGCUCUGGAUACGGGAUGUGCCCUCUGUAGGCACGCCAACAAUGUCAACCGCGCCGCGCAGGACUUCCAACUGGAGUACCCGGGUGCUGCCAACUCCAUGCGUGUCCCACAAAAAGACGUGGUUUUUCAGUCCCGAAACGUAGUUCCUGGCUCAUUCCUGGCUCGGGACAACGUGUCCAACUUUAUCGCCUGGUGCCGACAGGAGCUGGGCAUCCUCGACGUUCUCAUGUUCGAGACCAACGACCUGGUUUUAAAAAGAAACGAGAAGAAUUUCGUGCUGUGCCUCUUGGAGGUGGCCCGCAGGGGAGCUAAGUUUGGGAUGCUGGCCCCUAUGCUAAUUCAACUAGAGGAGGAAAUUGAGGAGGAGAUUAGGGACCAGGAGAACCAUCAUCUGGGCCCUGGGAAGAUCCCUCUCCAGCUAGGCAACUCAGCAGAAGAUCACUCCCCUGAUGCCCCUGUGUACCCUAGUUGGCAUCAAAAAAGGGUGUUAUGUGACAUGCGAAAUCUGGAUGAACUGGUGCGUGAGAUCCUGGGGCGCUGCUCCUGUCCUUCGCAGUUUCCAAUGACCAAGGUUUCCGAAGGGAAGUACAAAGUGGGCGACUCCAGUGCGUUGAUCUUCAUCAGAGUGCUGCGGGCUCAUGUGAUGGUACGAGUGGGCGGAGGCUGGGACACACUGGAACACUAUCUUGACAAGCACGACCCCUGCCGUUGUGCAGCCUUCUCUCAUCGCUACCAGCAGUCCAAAGCAGGUGGACAGACCCCCCAGAAAGCCAGCAGUGCUCACUCCUCCCGGGCUACUAGCCCCACCCCACACUGGAGGUCGGAGGUCGCGGCCCCGGUCAAGACGCCCGACAGACGGACCCUGGACCCUUCCAGCCUUGGUUGCCCUCCUCGCCCUUUCAUGCAGGCAGAGCCAGGGUCAGGUGAGCCCUGCGUCCGCACAGGCAGGACCCCCUCACUCCUCAGACCCCCCAGGGAUGGCUCUGAGCCCCGGCACUUCACCCCACUCAGGUCAAAAGAAUCACUGCCGCCAUUGACUCGGAAACUCUCUAUAGACAGCGACUCCUCAACUGCUUCUUCAAAGGGGGGCCGGGACAGACCCUCCCUCUCCCUGGUCAAGAAACCUGGGGAAGAGGUGAUCCUGCUGGUAAACAGGAGAGAGGGCAAGCAUGUGAUCGAGAGGCCCGGAGCCAUGCCACCUCCCGCCGCCCGACCACCACAGAGCAGAGCACGGAGCCAGUCACAAGACCGCAGCACACUGGUGAAACCCCACCUACCACAAGACUCCCUCGGACUGGAAGGGAACACAAGGCCGGAUCAACGGCGAUCGUUGGGUCCUGAAAGCCUCAGAAAGAGCAGGCUUAAACCAGGAGCUCUUAACAAGGAUAGGCCUAGUGUGACAGCUACGGACCAAUACAUAAGCAGAGAAAAACAGCAAACUCGAGCUGAUGGCUUCUGGGAGGAUGGGAGAAAAAGAGGGGGCACAGCCUCAAAUUUCAGGGCACAGGCAACACUAAAAUCAGCAGCAGCUACCCUUCCCAGGAAACUGGUUUCUUCCUCUUCAGGUAAGGUCUCCUACAACAGCCCAAACAAGAAGGCCGCAACUGUUAGGCCUCUAGUGUCUAAGUCCCCAGCAGGAAAAAGCAACCUACUGGUCCCAGUGCUGCAGACAAGCCGCCCCUCUUCCAGGGAGUCGUAUGGCACCCUAAGUCGAGGAACCUCUAGCGAGUGGCUUGAUGCCAUUUCUGAACCUGAAGAGGAGAAUCUGGAGAGAACUUUCCAGGUGCUGCCUAGCUUGGACCCGAACCAGGAGAAGGAAAUGUACCAGAGUUUUGAGGUAGAGUUUUUGGCCAACACACAAAUGGACGCAAACUGGGAGGAUGACUUUGGUGGCCCCCAAAUGCAGCAUCAAGGACAGCAGCAGCAGCAGAAACCGCUUCCCUUGGCUGAUCCAAAUGUCACAGACUCAGCCUACUCCUCCUCCAACUCCUCCACCUCUUCUCUGAAUGUGGGGAACAAAAUGGGGGUUCUGACUGAUCUCAGGAGUCCCAAGAAGCCUUCUGCCAAGCAGCGGCCCUGCCCCUCAGAUUACGGGUCAGUAUUAUCAGAACUCCAAGUCAGCUGCCGACACUUAAACUACAAAGACUGGGAUCUGUGGGGAAACCCUUCAGAACCUAGUAGCAACCCAAGAAAGCCUGUUCUAUCCAGCUCAUCGGAGGAUAACCACUUUCUGUCAACCUUAAAUGAUUUGAGGGACAAGGGGAUUUUAAACUCAAAAGAGCUGAAUUCAAGGGAUUUAAAUCCUAGACAACUAAAUGCAAGGCAAGCCCUCAAAUCAGAUCAUGCAAAUCUGGACGACCUAAAUGCAAGUGACCUUUUGGAUUCUGGGACCCACAAUGCACAAGGAAUUCCAAAUUUUGGAAAUUCAAGAAUGCGCAUGGAUUCGGGCGAAAUGAAUGGUGAUGACCACGUGGACAUUUCAGAGAACCUUGAAUGUGCUUCUGAUCUUGAGGAUGAGGAUGAUACCACUCUCCUGCCCACUGAGAUUCGCCGGCUCUCCCUCUCGGAGGAACUCUCCUUCCUCGACUCCUCCAGUGAAGACUCCUCUUCUCUGUAUGUGAGCUUGAGCGAGCCCCGCUCGGAGAGUGCACCUCCUCCCCUGCUUCAGACCACUGAGUCGGAGGUCGUGCUGCACUCCAAGUCCUUGAAGAAGCCUGAGAGAGUGCCCGCCAUCUACAAACUCAAACUCCGGCCCAUAGUUCGACAUCGCACUGACAAUCGCCCGGAAAAGACCCCAUCCCGGAUCCCAACCCCCAUCAGCUACAAGAAGAAUGCUUCUGAGGUGCUCAACAGCCCCCAGAACUCCAAGAGCAAUGGGCAUCCCAAGUGGGGAAUGGACCACAAGUCCAGGAAGGCUCUGUACCAAGCCUUCACAGAACUCCUAGAUCCCAGAGCUGAAUCCCCCACUGAGGAACAAAAAGGCUGCUCCUCUGUUGAGUCAUUCAGUUUGGAUGAAGAGGCUUAGAUGUGAUGAGCAAAGGAUGUCGAUUUGAGACCAGGAUAGAUGGGGUGAAUGUUUGGGAGAGUGUGAUGAGGGUUAGCAUCCUGCCUUCCCAUUUUUGAAUGUCUUUUACACUGGGUCAAAGCUCCCAGCAGGUGGAGCUUCAGAGGCAGUUCUGCAAUAGAAAACAGUAUUUAAAAACAGGAAUACAAGUUGACUGCUGCGUUGUUGGAUCUGUAAAUGACCUGGAUUAGGGGAGAACAUUAUCCCAAGUAUUUGAGCUCUGGAAUGGGGCCUCCUAUAAUUCUAAAGUGGACACAUCUUCUAAAUGAACACAUGGAGAAAAGCACGAUGGACAAAAGCCCAGGCUUUUAAAACCCUUUUACAGAAAACGGUCUCAACUGACUGCCAGACCGUUUCAAAAUGUGGUCGCCACCCUUCCUAUAAGCCUCAAGAUAUCUCCAUGUGCACUUAGCACUUAAUUUAUUUCCACCAAAAUACUGUAGCCAGCUGUACAUGUUCCUUUAGUGUGGUAGAAUCAUGUUAGGUUUAUGUAGGGAUCUAUAUCUGGGUGAAGCUUGAUUUUAAAAUAAUGUCUUAAACCCUUUUAACUAUCAUUUUGCACUUUGCAAGAACCAGAUGACAGUAUUGUCCUCUAUCUAGCGCCUUAGAAACUGAGUGUGUGUUGGAGGUAUAUCUAUUGUAUAUCUAGAAUAACCCACUUGAAUGGUACCUCAACUGGCAAGUAUGUGGCUUAGUCAUUACCCAAGGGACUGAGGAGCACAUGUUGUUAACCAGGAGUAACCGAUAGACCUCUCCCAACACCCAAGCAUGAUGUUAAAGGGGUCAGUGCUGAUGAGUUUGGGGUACAGCAUGGACUGACUUGUGUAACAGCACUACGAAGACUUUAUCAGCUAUUCACUCAGCCUUCAUUCGAAGGCUGUCUGCUCUAACCCAGUCUCUGAUGCAUAGCUCAUAGGCAAUUCAGAGGUUCUGUACUUUACCGUCUCUGAUAUAAUAAGGCUGUUUAUAUAGAACACAACUCUCAUUCUAUGCCCUGCUCCUGAUAAAGGGCUGAUAAGCACUGUUAACAUAUUCUAAAGACUGUAGCAAACCUGGUCCAUUUUGUUUUUUGAGGAAUAUUAUUGCAACAGCAUGGAAAUUGUACCUUGCACACCAAGCUGAGGAUUCUCAUACGUGACUGAUGUAGCUUACUGACAUUUUUCAAACAGAACACUAAGCUAGUGUUAAAAAAAGAUAAAAUUCCCCCCACCUCCCCCCCCAGAAAACUGCACUUAAUUCUGGAAUGUAAUCUGUUGACAUUAAUCGAUUGUAGUUAUUUUUUAAUCAAAUUAAAUAUAUUGAAUUAAACACUAAAUUAAAAAGGUCUGCACUUACAUUCAACAUGUUAAAUCAGUUAAAACAUUUCGAACAGAUUUACUGAACAGGUGUUUACCGUUAUUGUAGAAAUGAGUUUGAAUGAAAACAUUUUGGUUUUUUUUACUGCAUGUUCUUUGGGAGGAUUACUACAAAUUCAAUAUUAUAUGUUUAAAAACAUAUAAGUAUGUAUGUAUGUACAGUAUAUGUAUGUAUGUACCCACCUACCUUAAUUUAAAAAGCCCAGAAUAACAAUUACUCAUACAAUUUACCACUGUAAAUCCACCUGCAAUUUACUGCUUCUAGAAUAGUACUUUGUUGAUGUAAAGUAUACCCCCUGGUGGCCAAAUGUAAAAACUAUGAACAUGUAGAAGGAAUAUUGCAUCUUUUAAUGUUUGUUGUACCAGAGAUUGCAUAGGACCUUAAUCAUCAAUUGAGAGAUCCCAGUGUAUAGACCUUAACUGUUGGCUGCUGCUCUUUAUUAUAUUGUCCUGUGUAUAUAGAGUAUUAAUAAGAUGUAUAUAUUUAUAUGGGAAGUCUAUAUUGCAAUCUCAGCUAUGCAGUAGUGCUAUUAACAAUGUUGCCUUGAAUCCGUCUUUGCCUUUCAGUGGUGAGCUCCAGUCUGUCUGUAACCAGGGAUCAGAAUGCCACACAGCCAGGGACACUUACCUGAGGCUGUAGAGAGCAGGCAGCAGGCAUGACACAUGGAACAGCAGGAUAGGAAAAUGUCACUUCAGGGGAUUAGGGCUGAGCCAGGGUGAUUGAUGACCUUCUGUGUGAGAUCAGUCUCAAUCUAGAGAUGCAUUCAGUUUUCUCAGCUGUAUCUCUGUGUCUCAAACUUUAACUGGAUUCAGUACCUACCUUUAUGGUAACUAAGGUCAGCUACCUUUUAAUGUAACACAAUACAAAAAACAGUCUGACAGCUGUGAUCAAAAGCCAUAACACCUUGAAACAACAUUCUACUGUGUUUGAAGUGUGGAGCUCUCUGCUGACCCCUGGUACAGGCUGGAGAACACCUCGUAAAACACGCUUUGUUUGCACUUGGAGAGAAAGAAAAAAUCACUACCCCCGGAAAGCAUGUGUCUUAGUUUUCUGAACCCUUUCCUAACUGCCAGUCAAGAGUCAGGACCACGUUUGGUAAAUUGUGAAAGCCAUGGAUUUUAUGAUUUUUUUUCUGUUCAUUUCUAAGUAGCAUUGCUCCUACAGACAGUACAAGCUGUGUGUGACACAGCUUGUUAAAUUCAGGUUAACUGUGACCCAGAAAUGCACUGGGGUUUGAGGAACAUGGUCUGCAAACUCGUACUCUGGGGUUUCUGUUUGUAAUGCACUCAGGGAGUAAAUCCCAGUCUAAUGAUCUUUAAAGAAGUGUCCUGGUCUGUAUUGCAUUGCUUACCCUGCUGUUAUGUUGAAUCCCAGGUCUCUGCUUAUCAAUCUGUGAUCCAAGGUCAUGCGAUUACUGGAAUAAUAUGAUGUUGGCAGGAUUAGGUGGAAUGUAUAGUCAUGGCAACCUUGUCUACUGGGGUCCAAUCACAAUCUGCUUUGGUCAGUAGGUUUGUGUUGACGCUAAAAUAGCACAGCAGGAAAGUGCCGCUCUAAUUCCUUUUGAAGUCCUAACCCUCUUUAUUGUAAGCUGUCCCAUAAAUACAGCAUGUGACAACUAUUGCAACUGUCUUUUGUAAGGAACACUAGGCUGUUUGAUCAAGUCCUUUGCGAACUCAGUUUUAUUUGAUUUUAUCUUUUUGUUGUCGGUUAUAUAUGGUUAAGAUAAAUGCAAAAACAAACUAUGUUUUAUAGUACCAAAAUAGCAUUUUAAUAAUGUAUGAGACAAUUGAAGUCUCUGUUCUCAUAAACACUUCUGAGUCAUUUUAAAUUGAAGUCAGCAUGGUAUGGAAAGGAACGUGUUUCACUGAAACAUGUACAGCUGGUUUGACAGAUUCUAAUUUAGUUCUAAUCUUGGACUGCCUUACUAAAGUAAAAUUAGGUAUUCCAAGAUGAAUGCUUAUUAGGGUCUAUGGAACCAGAUAACAAUGUUCUGGCAGCAUUAAUCAGCUGCUUCAUGCCAUAUUUUAAAUGAACAUUUUAACAUGUUUAGAUCAUUUUCAAAAUACACACUUCAAUUCACCUUGGUUCAAAACACAAACGUUGCGAUAAAUACGUUUUGUUUGCGACCUUAUUUUAUCCCCUUUUAAAGUCCUGUGUUUACAGUAUUUCGUCUGGGAUGAUGCCUAUAAACACACAGUAACUCCUAGCUUGCUUUUAUUAGUAGGACUGCAGAACAGUUAUAGUAAGAAGGAUACAGUGAAAUGCUAGAUACGUUAACUAAGAUCACUUGUAGCACGAUAGAUACUAAGGUGCUAAAAUACAGUUUGGGACUGUGAAAUUAUUUGAAUUGAAUUUGGGUAACUCAGAGCAAGCUAAAACAGUGUGAUAACCCCGUGCUUCCACUUUGUAUAUUUAUAUCAUGUUGUAAAGAAAUCUGGACGAGCCCUGGUGGGUACUGGCAGCUUGAGCAAAGAGGAUGAGUUGCGUGCCAGUUUUGCCGCUAGUUUUGAGAUUUCAGGUAUCGUGCAAGCAGAUGCACGUCGUCUUCUGAUACCGAUAAGCAAAUCUGCUGUUUAUCAUUGCUUAUAACCACCUGUCCUCUUCUCAAAAGCAGAACAAAGCCACCAUCAAUCACAGCUGUGUGUCUGCAGAGGGGAUCAGGGGUCAUCUUUGUGAGUUUGACAGAGCUGAAAAUAGUAACCUAUUCAGGAUAAUUUGGCAGGUGUUGAAAGGUGCCAUUAUUGGCUUGAGUGGGCGGUUGGUUGGUUCUCAAUUCCAAUUUGUUUUUUUUCUGAAGCGUACAGCCACAGCAGGCAAACCAAACCUGAAUAAAAAUAAUUAUCCUUUUUUAAAAUAUAAAAUUAAAGAAAAGCAUUUUAACCUACAAUUCUGUACCUUAUAUCACGUACCUUGCUUUCUUGUUAAAAGGUAUGUAAGAUUUUACCAAAGUUAUGAAAAGGUGUAUUUUGUGUUUAGGUGUAGGGAUGUCGUCCCGACCCUAAUGGGGAAUUAUUUGUCUGUUUUUUUCUUUUUAAAUCAAUUGAGCAGCAGGCAUGAAAAAUAUAUCUACUGCGAAUUAUCUGUUGGGGGUUUUAUUAUUGAAGGUUUACAUAAUUUAACUAGGAUUUUUAGAUUUAUUUUUCAUUUACAAGUACAUUUAUUUUAUAUUGGUUGUACAUUUGAAUGAUUUAAUUUAGUAUUUUAAUUUAACCCCUUGUAUCCUGGAUACCUCUGCAGAUUUAGCUGGUGUUCUAGCUAUAAUACCAGGUAUGUAACGCCAAAUAGGACCAAGGGGAAUCAGAACUACAAAGCAAGCCUCAUCUCCUGAUAACACCAGCAGUAGUAUCCAGGAAAAUUGUUCUUAAAAGUGGUCAGCUGAUCAAUUUGCUUUAGAUUCAGCUGCUACCACGUCCAGUAGGAGGCGCUGUGAAAAAUGCUAAUCUCUGCGGUCAUCACACUGAGGCAAUCAAUUGGACCCCAGGAUUAUAUUCUGGGGCUGUGGAAUGCAGGUAAAGGUCAAUAGAAAUAGAACUGUAUUUACAACCAGAAUUGCACAUGCGUUUCUAACAGGUAUGUAUUGUUAACCUAGAAAGACACAGCACAGACACUGCACUAUUGGUUGUAGAAUAUGCUUAAGAUGUUAUGAGGACGGCACAGUAACAGCUUUAACAUGGUAAAGGUUAGCUGUAGUUUCAAUUUAAAAGAACACCUGAAAGAUUGUGUUGUGGGAAAUGUUCAUUUGUCUUCUAAUUAUUUGUGUUACUGUCAUCAAAAUGUUUUAUUUGUGGUCCCAGUUUUAAAGAGUAAUGAGUUAAAGUAAAAAAAAAAAACAAUCUUAUCUCUCAUUAACAUAAUAACUUAAGUUUUAAGUCUCCAGAUUUUAUUAUGCUCUUCCCUGCUGUGAAUUUAGAGGUUACAUUAGAGCUAGCAUUCAUGAGAGUUCAGGGAAUAUGUGUAUAGCUGUCCUCCUGGGUGAAAGAACAACAGCAAUCCCUGAAUGUUUAUGGAUUUUUCUGUUUAUAUAGAAUAUGGAAAAAUAAAUUAAAGAGCUCCACAUCUGCAUAGCUACAUGACUUUGAAUGAAUGCAAGAUUCCAAAAUGAGGUUGUUUAAAAAAAAAAAAAAAGUAUAAUAGUAGUACUAAAAAUAAUGAUUUGGCUAAUGUUUCAACUAGAAUGUUGUCUUUUCAUGGUGAAAGGAGUGUUAAGUAAAAUUUUUGAAGGCAAUUUUAAAAAGACAUUGAGAUAUUUGUAGUCUAAACAUCUAUCAAGUUUCUUUUAGUGUUACUACAGCACCCUAUGUAAAGAAUACUGUAAUCUCCAGGAUACAUGGGUCAAGGAAAGUCAUAAGUGAAAAUAAAGUAUAAAAAUGAUCAACAGGCUCUUAUGCAUUUGAGAAAUAAGUUUUGUUUUUGUUUUUUUAACCCUGUAAUUGCUGGAUUGGACUUCCUCUUGACUUGGUUUUGUUCCGAUAUCCUGACUUGAGUUUGUGCUCUGUCUCUUUGAAUAAAUAGCAAUAUGGAAACACUGUA